GUUAUCGCGAGAAUAGCGAAGGGGCGCGGCACGGCCGAGGGCUCGUAACCAUGACGACGGGGGCGGGGCGCUGGCCCUAAACGGACUGGCGCUCAGCUGGAUUGCGCCUACCCCGGCCACCGGGCUGACUCAAGGAUAGGUCUGCGGGGCCCCAGGUGGAAGAUGGAAGAACCACAAGAGGUUUCCUCCAGGAAGGAUGGCCGUGCGGGUGAUAUCGUGGUGGAAAAGUUCCUGGUGGAUUCCAUGAAGCCUGCAUCCCACGUUCAGCUCGCCUGCAGUGGGCAGUCCUGUGCUUUCCCUUUGGAUGGAAGCGAGCUUUGCAUAUGGGACACCAAGGAGCCCCCUCACCAGCUGAUGAUCCUAAAAGGACACCGUCAGCCCAUCACUGCCGUGACAUUUGGGAGCAGAGAGAGCCCGCUUCUGGUCUGCUCUGCAUCGCUAGAUUGUGUCCUGGUGUGGGGCCUGGAUGAGUGCAGACAGGAAGAGCUGCAAGGCUGGCCUGACACCUUCUCCUCCUGGCGGUGGAGAGGCUCUGGACUGGAACUGAGGCUCAGGGCGACUUCCGCGGGGGCUGUCCUCAGCACCCUCUUGGGGAGGCUGCUGUGUCUGAGGCUUAGUCCUGACGAUCGAGUGGUGGCGGUGUGUGUGGGGAACAAAGUACUCAUGCUGGACCUUGAGAGCCGGUCCCCGCUGGCUGAGCUGGAUGGCCACCAUGGCCCAGUGACCACGGCCGAGUUUUGUGCUUGGCAGACACACAUCCUCAUCUCGGCAUCCGAGGACAAAAGCUUCAAGGUUUGGGGCCAUCGUAUGGGAUCGCUGAUACACAGCUCAUCAGUGUUAACAGCCGCGCCCCUCCUGAGUCUCCUCGUGGACCCGUGGAGUCAGCAGCUGGUGGCUGGCUGCACGGACGGCCAGCUUUGGAUCUUCAGUUUGGUUGAAGGGCACCAUUACCGCUGUGUGACGCAUGUUGACCUGAGGAAAAAGAGAGAGAGUUUCUCCACUAGGAGGGCAGAGUCCAAGCCAGAAGGUGGUCAGCCUCUGUCCACGAAGGCCCCAGAAACGGGAGAAGGGACUGAAGUGGCCCUUCCUGUCCUGAGCCUGGCAGCCUGCGACUGUGGAUGCCUCUCUGAGACCGCCCGCUGCUUGUGGAUUGGAAGCUCCGCCGGUUUGCUCAUAUUUAACUUGGCAAGCUUUGAACUGGAGGCCGUUUUACAUUACAAGGACUUCCAGGGCCUCAGCAUUCAGGUUGCUGGAUCGUGCGCCGUGGCAAGCAGAACCGGCGGUGGUGAGGCCCUCUGCUUGCUCACGUCCAUGUUUGGGAACGAGACUGCACUGGUGGAGGUGGACCCUGCUGCUCUGCUGAGGUCUCAGCAGCGCCCCCACCCGGGACCGGACCUGUCGGUGCUGCCCAGCUCCUGUGUGUUACCGACUUCUCCGCUGUACUUGGGACUUAAGGAAAAAAGAACCAAGCCGGCUACUCAGAAACAAUCUGCUGCUCGGAGCGUUGUGAAGGACCACCCACUGGUUUUCCAUAGCAAAAUACGGUCGUCGGGCUACACGGCUGCCCCGUGUGCAACUAUGUUUUCACCAAAGACUAAUUUCAAAAAUGAUGGUAAAAGAGCUUCGAAAUGCAAGAACAAUUACAGGCGGUACAGACAGAAGAGCUGGUGCACGCCCGUGUGCAGGCUGCUCACGACCGACGCCACGGAGAUCACCAGCUUGUCUGCAGUGAACGAUUUCCACUCCUACCUCGUGCUUGCUGCUGGGUGGAACCGGACCUUGGAGGUUUUCGACCUCAACGUGGGCUGCAGUGUGGCCAUCAUCACGGGAGCCCAUUCUCGGCCCGUCCACCAGAUCUGUCAAAAUAAAGCGUACGUGUACGAAACCAGCUCCAGCACUUUCUCCCGCAGACUCGCAGGACACACCAGCACGGUCACCGCCGUGGCCUUUAGCCCGGUUGCCGCUCAGAUGGGGCUGAACACUAAAUUUUUUGUGGAGAUUUCAGACCUGCCCCCUCGUCUACCACAAGGUCUCCCAGAGCAUUUCCAGUCCACCGAGGUCAACCGGGGUCAACUGAGGACCUCACUCACAGGGUUCAGCCCCCCAACAAGCAAGUCGGCCCUGUAAUCAGAGCUCUCACAGCAGCUGAAGGCUGGAAGGGCCCAUCUGACUUCUGACGGGUCAGCAGAGGACUGAGUGUGUACGUCCGACCAGGCCUCGCCUGCUGCCUGCAGGCUGGUGCCCCUCUCUCUCUGAAAUGCUUCCCUUCAGUCUGCACGUGGAGCUCAGUAUAUACCACAGCAGCUCUCACAUUCGAACCAAAGUGUAGGAGACGGUCCUCGUUGUCCCAGAGGAGGUGAUACUUACAUUCUAAAGCAAGAGAAUUUGCCAUACCUAGUUCUCAGCGUCUCCGACGUGGAAGCUGUUCUCAUACCCAGUGAUGGAUAGAACAGUCAGGGCGGACAGGAUUCUAUAACCUUGUCCCUGUUGGGCUUCCCAGGUGGCACUCAUGGUAGAGAACCCACCUGCCAAAGCAG